AUGCCGGGGCCCCGCGGUGCUCGUGGCCCGCUGUCGGCGCCCUCCAGAGGCCACGGGGGACGCGGAGCUCCCCGGCCGGAGCACACUGCUUUGCCGCCAGAGGUGCUAAACUUCACACUCGAGGCCUCUCUGGGGCCUCGAUCGGAGGGCUUAACUAUGAAAUUCCCCCAUCUCAAGCGGACCCCAAAUAACCUCCGCGCCCCCUUUGAUCUCUUCCUGCCUCGGCCCCUGCUUGGCUCCAGGACACCGGGCGUCCCCACCUCGCCAUGGAGAGGAGCGAGUAUAAACUGGGAGCCGAUGGAGACGGGUGGACUGAGCCCGGUUCUCGCUGAGGCCCUACCGAGCAAACCAGGCCUCAAGGCUGGCUGCUCUUCGCCCUCGCCCCUCGCUCCUCUCCCUGGCGCGCGCUUCGCGCCCGAUCCUAAUUGCCCCGGGGCGCCGCGGGCGGCCGUGGGAGCCAGGGUGGGGGCGCCCGCUGCCCCGGCCCCGAUUCUGCCCCCUGCCGGUGGGACCCAGGUGUCCCUGGCGUCCGGGGCGUACAUGACAUAUAACACGUGGGAACCGGAGGAGAACAUCUUGGAUCCGCGGCUGCUGAUCGCCUUCCAGAACAGGGAACGCCAGGAGCAGCUGAUGGGGUAUCGGAAGCGAGGCCCGAAGCCCAAGCCGCUGGUGGUGCAGGUGCCCACCUUUGCCCGGCGUUCCAACGUGCUGAGCGGCCUCCAGGACUCUUCUGCUGACAACCGCGGCAAGCUGGAGCUGGGCGCGCAGGGCAAGGGCCAGGCGCACCAGUACGAGCUCAACAGCAAGAAGCACCACCAGUACCAGCCGCACAGCAAGGAGCGGGCAGGCAAGCCCCCGCCGCCAGGCAAGAGCGGCAAGUACUACUACCAGCUCAACAGCAAGAAACACCACCCCUACCAGCCGGACCCCAAGAUGUACGACCUGCAGUAUCAGGGCGGCCACAAGGAGGCACCCAGCCCCACCUGCCCGGACCUGGGCGCCAAGGGCCACCCGCCGGACAAGUGGGCGCACGGCGCAGGGGCCAAGGGCUACCUGGGAGCCGUCAAGCCUCUGGGCGGGGCGGCCGGGGUGCCGGGCAAGGGUGCGGAGAAGGGCCCCCCCAACGGCAUGACGCCAGCCCCCAAGGAGGCUGUGACGGGCAACGGGAUCGGGGGCAAGAUGAAGAUCGUCAAGAACAAGAACAAGAACGGGCGCAUUGUGAUUGUGAUGAGCAAGUACAUGGAGAACGGCAUGCAGGCCGUGAAGAUCAAGUCUGCAGAGGCGGAAGGCGAGGCGCGCUCCCCCAGCCACAAGAAGCAGCGCGCGGCCGCUGAGGAGCGCCACGCCCCGGCCGACAGGACUUUCAAAAAGGCCGCGGGCGCAGAGGAGAAGAAGGCGGAAACGCCCUCCAAGAGGAGAGAGGACGAGGCACCUGUGGCCGGCGACUCGCAGCCCCCAGACAACGGCUCCCGAAAGCUGUCCCCCGCCAAGGAGGCCUUCGGUGACAAGCCGUUGCAGCUCACCACCAAGCCUGACCUGCUGACCUGGGACCCGGCCCGGAGCGCGCACCCGCCUGCCCACCAUCACCACCACCACCACCACCACCACCACCACGCAGUCGGCCUCAACCUCUCCCACGCGCGCAAGCGCUGCCUCUCUGAGACGCACGGCGAGCGAGAACCCUGCAAGAAGCGCCUGACGGCGCGCAGCAUCAGCACCCCCACCUGCCUGGGGGGCAGCCCUGCCGCGGAGCACCCCGCAGACGUGCCGCCCACCGCCGCCGCCCUCCCCCAGCCCGAAGUCAUCCUGCUGGACUCCGAUCUGGACGAGCCCAUAGACUUGCGCUGCGUCAAGACGCGAGGCGAGGCGGGGGACCCGCCCGGCGCCCGCCAGGUAAAGCCAGAGGAGCUGACGGCGGCGGUGGCCGUGGCAUCGGUGCCGGCGACAGCCGCUGAGAAGCCUCCUGCUGAGGCCCAGGACGAACCCGAGGAGCCGCUGGCCGAGUUCAAGCCCUUUUUUGGGAAUAUAAUUAUCACGGAUGUCACUGCGAACUGCCUCACUGUCACUUUCAAGGAGUACGUGACGGUGUAG